ACCAUAAGGCAUAUGGUUUAGAAUGUGUGGCAUAAACUCAAUUAGCCCACAUUAUCUCUCUCCCUGCCAUUGACUACCUUAUCCAUCCAACCACACAUAUUCCUUACAUCACUAUUAGUCACCCAAUGGCUUCCUCAAUUUAUCAUCUUCAAUCUUCAAUCCCAUUAACUAAAAUCAAUUCCCAUGGCUUCCUCUACUCUUUCUUCCACAACCUCAUCACAGCUAUGUGCUCAAAAAAGUGGGAUGUUUGGCCCAUCAUUGGCAUUGGCAAAAUCAGGAAGAGUGAAUGUGUUAAUGGGUAAAGAAAGAGUUAAAGGAAUGAAAGUGAGUUGCCAAACUACUAGUAUUCCUGCAGAUGAUAGAGUACCUGAUAUGGGUAAAAGGCAACUCAUGAAUCUUUUGUUGUUGGGUGCUAUUUCUCUUCCUACUGGUUUUAUGUUGGUUCCUUAUACUUACUUCUUUGUUCCUCCUGGCGGAGGAGGUGGUUCCGGUGGCACCCUUGCAAAGGAUGCUCUAGGAAAUGAUAUUGUAGCUGAGGAAUGGCUUAAGAACCACGCACCAGGCGAUCGCACCCUUGCUCAAGGGCUCAAGGGCGAUCCAACCUACUUAGUCGUGGAAAGCGACAGAACACUCGCAACCUACGGGAUCAAUGCUGUGUGCACACAUCUUGGGUGUGUGGUGCCGUGGAAUGCUGCUGAGAACAAAUUCAUAUGUCCAUGCCAUGGAUCUCAGUACAAUAAUCAAGGCAGAGUUGUCAGAGGACCUGCACCUCUGUCGUUGGCAUUGGCGCACAGUGAUGUAGUUGAUGGGAAGGUAGUUUUCGUGCCAUGGACCGAAACAGAUUUCAGAACUGGUGAUCAACCAUGGUGGUCGUAAAUCAGGCCAUAGCAAUCAGCUGUUGGAUCUAAUUCAUUAUAACAUCGUCUACAUAAUUCGAAAACAUGAUAAGGGCAAAGCGAGCUACCGCUCAGGACCUUAAAUUUUUUAAAGUCUAAAAAAUUAUUUUUAUGUACAAGGUUGAUAUUCAUUUGAAUUAAAUUUAAUAUAAAUUCUAUUUUUUACCAAGUAAUAUAAAUUAAUAGUAAUUAUCAACAACAAAAAGUGAAAA